CAAUGGUUGCCACAUGGGAAAAAAUGUCGGGUAGCCUUCGGAGGAAAACACAAUGGAUACUUGUUAAAGUAUUCAAUGUGAACGACGCAGAGAUUAUGUGACACCGAGAUACAGUUUUAUUGAUUCAUUUUGUUUAUUAAUUCUUCAGUCAGGAUAAACUUAACUUAGUUAACUACCGAGGCUUCUUUGGCUAGCUUAGCUUAGUAGUUGCUAACAAUGAGACCAGGAAGUUAGCAACACAUCGCUAAGCAGAGCUCAAGUGUGAGUGUAAAGUGUUGUGAUUGUGUGAAAGUACAAAUGCUGAGAGCGUUGGUGAAUCGGCCACUAACUGCGGCUGUUGAAGAAAUGGUUGUAGUGUGAGAAAGAACGAUAGCAGAGUACGAGGAGGAACUUUCUCGAACAAAAGAGGAGAACGAGCGACAACGUCAAGAAUCCUAGAGUUGUGUUACACAGCAGACGUCAGUGUCGAACAUCUUCCCCCUCGAGCAGCAGGAUUGGAACUCCAGGAUGGAGCAGGAGGAGCCACAGCCCCCGCACAUGAAAGAAGAGGAGGAGGCACAGCCCCUCGACAUGGAAGACAAAGAGGAGGAGCCACAAUGCCUCAGCGUGAAAGAGGAAGAAGAAGAGCCCCCUCACAUUAAAGAGGAAACGGAGGAGCCACAGCUCCUCCACAUUAAAGAAGAAAAGGAGGAGCCACAGCCUCUCAGCAUUAAGGAAGAAUGGGAGGAUCACAGCAUCAGUCCGGAGACAGGGCAUCUUGAAGGACUGGAGGAGUUCAAAGUGAUUUGUGUCCCUGUGAAGAGUGAAGAUGAUGAAGGUCAAAGUGAGGAGGAUAGCGAGGUGGAGCCUCCAAGCAGCAGCUCAACUCAACACAUGACAACAGAAGCUGAUGGAGACCACUGUGGAGGAUCACAAGCACACAACCUCUUAGCUCCACUAUCAGAUAGUGACGACACAACGUCACACUCUCCUGACACUGAUGAUGAAGACUCUGAAGCUGAUAUGACAUGUCACACUGACAACACACGCUGGAAAUGCUCUCAAUGUGACAAAACUUUUGUUAAAAAGGGAAAUCUAAAAAUGCACAUGAGACAGCACCAAGACGAGAAACCUUUCACCUGCUCGGUCUGUGGUAAAAGAUUCUCCCAGCAGUCGUAUUUGAAAGUGCACACAAGAAGACACACCGGAGAGAAAGCAUUUCCUUGCACGGUGUGUGGUAAAAGAUUCAACCAAAAAGCUGAUUUAAAUAGGCACACAAAAGUACACACUGGAGAGAAGCCUUUUUCCUGCUCAGUUUGUGGGAAAGACUUCAUUGAUAAGUCACGUUUGAAAAUACACACAAGGAUACACACCGGAGAGAAACCUUUUUCCUGCUCAGUUUGUGGUAAAGACUUCAUAGAUAAGUCGCAUUUGAAAAUACACGCAACGAUACACACUGGAGAGAAACCUUUUCCUUGCACGGUGUGCGGUAGAACAUUCUCCCAGCAGUCAUAUUUGAAAGUGCACACAAGAAGACACACUCAAGAAAAAGCUUUUCCUUGCACGGUGUGUGGUAAAAGAUUCAAUCAAAACGUUGAUUUAAAUAGGCACACAAAAAUACACACUGGAGAGAAGCCUUUCACUUGCACGGUGUGUGGGAAAAGAUUCUAUCAUAAAGCUGAUUUAAAAAGACACGCACGAAUACACACUGAAGAAAACCCUUUUUCCUGCUCACUUUGCGGUAAAGGCUUCAUUGAUAAGUCACAUUUGAAAAUACACACAAAAAUACACACUGGAGAGAACCUUUUUCCCUGUGCGGUGUGUGGUACAACUUUCUCAACAAAAAGUUAUUUAGUCAGACAUACGAGAAUGCACCUUGGAGAGAAACCUUUUUCCUGCUCAGUGUGCGGUAAAGGAUUUGUGAAGAAGUCACAUUUUGUUGUACACACGAGAAUACACACUGGAGAGAAACCUUGUCCUUGCUUGGUCUGCGGUAAAAGAUUCUCCAAAAAAAGUGAUUUAGACAGACAUGCAAAAAUACACACUGGGGAGAAACCUUUUCCUUGUACAGUGUGUGGUAAAAGAUUCUCCAGAAAAAGUUAUUUCGUCAGACACACAAGAAUACACCUUGGAGAGAAACCUUUUUCAUGCUCAGUUUGUGGUAAAGUAUUUGUGAACAAGUCACAUUUAGAUGUACACACAAGAAUACACACUGGAGAGAAACCCUUUCCCUGCUUGGUGUGUGGUAAAAGAUUCUCCAAAAAAAGUCAUUUAGACCGACACACAAAAGUACACGCUGGGGAGAAACCCUUUCCAUGCCCAGUUUGAGGUGUGGAGUUAAUUGAUAAGUCACAGUUGAAAGAGCAAACAAGCGUAGACACUGGAGAGAAACCUUAUUCUUGCUCAGUUUGCGGUAAAGGAUUCAGUUGAGAAGUCACAUUUGAAAGUACCACAAAGGAAUCCGCCUUGUGUUCCAAUUGCUGUGUUGUUGCCCUGGUUUUUGUCCACACUAAUCCUUUGUGAGUGAGUGGUGGAGCCACACAGUGCACCGCCCCUGUCUGACACUGUUCAGAUGCCCUAUGAAGACAGAGCUCUCACUCCUCACGUGCUUGUGGGAUCAGAAGGACUUUGAAAAUCUUUAUUUUCCCUUUUAGUACAACUGGUUUAGCUUUGGUUUUGUGUGUCUCCGUGUAUUUGUUCUGUCUUACUGUGCAUGAAUUGUUUUGAAUGUUAAUUUGUUUUGUGUCAUGCCAGAAAACACACGUCCAACAUGCGGUGACGGUUUAUGCGGCUUUUGUCUGAUUUUGUUGAAUGACUUAAUCAACCAUUAUGUCCUGAUGUUUUCAUGUUUCAUGUUCAACAUUUUAGCAGUUGUGAUCAAAUAAAGUUGAUAUAG